AUGGCCCAGCCAAGUGCAGAGCCAGUCGAGGAAUACGACUAUGAAUCUCUCCCACCCAAUUUCUCCCUGCUGCAGAAUAUGGCAGCAGGCGCCUUCGCCGGUAUAGCAGAGCACACUGUCAUGUAUCCCAUUGAUGCAAUCAAGACGCGAAUGCAAAUCCUUAAUCCUAGCACCACGCCGGCCUACUCGGGCGUCAUCCGUAAUACUGUCCAGAUUGCUCGAACUGAGGGCUUCUUCAGCUUAUGGCGCGGCAUGUCCAGUGUUAUAGUUGGCGCAGGACCUGCACACGCCGUUUAUUUCGCAACAUAUGAAGCAGUCAAGCAUGCUAUGGGCGGCAACCAGGCAGGCGUCCAUCACCCUCUUGCCGCUGCUACCAGUGGUGCUGCCGCUACCAUUGCCAGCGAUGCUUUCAUGAAUCCUUUCGAUGUCAUCAAGCAGCGCAUGCAGAUCCAACAUUCGAGCAAAAUGUACCGAUCCAUGCUGGACUGCGCUAAGUAUGUCUACAAGUCGGAGGGCUUGAGCGCCUUCUACAUUUCUUACCCAACAACUUUGUCCAUGACAGUACCAUUCACGGCCCUCCAAUUCCUCGCCUACGAGUCCAUCUCUACCACCAUGAAUCCCGCAAAGAACUACGACCCCAUGACCCAUUGUCUAGCCGGCGCUGUUGCUGGUGGAUUUGCAGCUGGUCUCACAACUCCUAUGGAUGUCAUCAAGACCAUGCUUCAAACACGUGGCACAUCAAUUGAUCCCGAAGUGAGAAACGUUAACAGUUUCGUUGGAGGCUGUCGGUUGCUAUACCAAAGAGCGGGUGUUAAAGGUUUCUUCAAGGGUGUGCGACCUCGUAUUGUUACUACAAUGCCCAGCACGGCCAUUUGCUGGUCAGCAUAUGAGUUUUCAAAGUCCUAUUUCAUUAAGCGUAACGACGCUGCCUGA